UAUUUGCCUCUUUUGGCCCAUUUGCCCCAUUUAUCUCUGCCUUUGGCCAAUUCUAAUCAAUAUAGCUCAGACUGCUAGGGCUGCCAAUUGCCUGGAUGCGUUUCAAACUAAAUGAAUGCUAAUCGUAUGGCGCACGCUGCAACCCAUUGCCACAUGCAGUUGCCGCGAUUUCAAGCAGCUCUGUCUGCUGCCUGGUGCGAGGGACGCCGCAAUUGUCGCUCGCUGCUGUUGAGUUCUUCUCAGACGGAGGACGACAUUGCUGCUGCUGCUGCUUCUACUGCUCCUGCUUCGCAGAAUGGGGGCCCCCUGGUGAAUUGGAGUCCC